UUCACUAUCAAGGUCCACAGUUCGAGGAGAAGCUGCUGAAGAACGAUCUUCGCCCCCGUAACGAGAGCCUCACACUGACGUUCCGUCAUUUUUCUGCGCGUCCGCGUCGUUCCUUGUCGCGUACCAUAGUUCAGUGACGACUAAGAGAGCGAUUAAAAAGAGAGGAAGAAAGAAAUCGUUCACGUUGCAAGAUUUUACGGUGUAUUCGGUACGAGUGUUUAAUAUUCUGUAAUUAUUGCGAGCUAAAUCUAAAAUUACGAGGAUAUAGAAGAAGGGAAGAGAACCGAAGAAAAGUCGAAGGAAACAGGGAAUUGAAGAUAUUGAAAGAGGAAAGAGGACAAAGAUGAAGAGAUGUAACGUAAUGAAACAAUGAAAGAUUAGAAUACAACGUAACGAGAGAUUUCAAAGUAGCAAAGGGAAGGAAAGUGGAAAAAGAAGGACAGAGGGAAGAAGAGAAGAGAUACGAGAGGAUUUAGAAUGGGGAAGAUGCGAGCUUUGCUGAUGAUAAUCGGCAUUAUCUACGCGUGUACCUGUGGCGGGCGUACGGAAUGUGGAAAUCACGCGCAGAUUUCGCUGUUGACAAGCAUCCACGAUGAUGCGUCCUGCAGGAAGCUAUCCGCUAGAGGUGUACUGCUGUACGAAGCGGCGAAGCUACUCGCAGAGAUUCACAAUAACAAGACAGCUGGCUACGAUAUCGAAGUGACUGUUGUGGACACGUGCGGUAGCAUAACCGGCGCUCUGAAAGCAGCGAUGAAGGCUCUCGUGGGGGCAGACACGAGCUGUUUGCAACCGCCCUACUACUUAGGAAUUAUCGGGCCAGACACUGUGACAAAUGCGGAAGCCGUACACAAGAUAACGUCAGUGCUGAAAGUGCCGCACAUCGUGAGACGAGAAUCGAAUUCUCCGUACCUUCAUCAUUUAAUGAAGGAAUCCGAUUCUUAUCUAGUCCAGGGCACCUUGAAGGUCGUGGAAGAACUGAAGUGGAAGUCGUUCACGUUGGUGGUGAACGCGGAUGAAGACGGCGAGGAUGAUGCUCAAAACAUUGCGAAAAAACUGACAAUAGCAGCCAUUAGAAAGGGUCUGUGCGUUUUGAUCGAUGACGGCGAUCAAGACGACUUGACCUCGCACAUCGUGCAUAUUGGAACGCCGCAAGACGAAUUCUUCGGCAAACCGGUGAACGCGACCGUUCUGGUCGUCAGCGAAGGGCGCCUCGAAGAACACCUGAAGCACGUCAACUCGACAAACACUAUACUGCUUCUAGAAGACUCCAGGAACGAAUUCCCAGGAUUAGAAGCAAGGGUAGAGAAGUCGAAAUGGUGGUCGAGCAAAGAUAGCGGGAAGUACGACUCGGAGGAACUGAGGGAAGUUAGAUGGCUUGAGGACGCGAUAAAGGUGUAUGCGAAAGCGUUAGACACGCUGUGCAAGAAGAAGAAGUGCAAGAGCCAGGUGAACGCCGUCGACUGGAACAACGUUGUAUCAAACGUAAUCGCGGGUCACGCGAAGGAAUCACAAUCAAGUGCUGCUUCUCUCGAGCUGUCGAUGAAAGUAAAGGCCUCGGAUCUACAGACAAUAGGCUCGAUCGUCGUCAGCAAGAACAAGGUGAAAUUACAUUGGGGUGACGACGAUGACAACGAUGGGGACAAAGACGACGAUGAUGAAAAGGAUGAUGAUAAGGAUGACGAUAACGAGGAUGAUGAGGAUGUAAUGCCUAAAGCGUUCAGGAAGUUGAUCAGUAAGGAAAAAGGGACGAAGACUGGUUGUGCUACCACACCGAAGGAGAUCAAGAUGUUGCACGAGAACGACGACGAGACUGCUCAGGUUCUCGUUUCUGAGAUAGAUAACACCGAGUGGUGGACCAUGGUUGGCACGGUAAGCGGCGUCGGUGUGGCCAUGUUCGUGGUCGGGAUCCUAGCCGUUUACGUGGUCUACACAAAUAUUCGUGGUCCCGUGGCACCGAAAAACGCUCGUAUCGAAAGAGACACUAGUCUGAGAAGAGUUGGUAGCGAUAGGGAACCACCUGUCCGUACCCAAAGACAUCAACGUACGUUGCAGAGGAGGGACAGUAACAGAAGCACCAUUUCAGAGAAAAGCGUCUGACGGGAUUUUUCGAUGGCAGGCAAUCUCAAAAACUAAAGCUAGUCACACACUUAAACGAAUCGAAUAUUUCGGUAAUACGAUAUCUUUUUAGUUUUGAUUGAUCUUGAGUCGCCUCUAAUCGGUUUGAAUCGGAUUGAAUUAUUUUAGAAAUGAUUUACAGUGCUGCGAGUGAUGAUAGACUCAAACACAUUGUUCAUCCUUUCUUCGUUAUUUCUUCAAUGUCUGCAAGAAACCACUGAUCAUGUCUGGAUAUGUUCAAUGAAAUUGUUUUUCUAACAGAUCGAUCGAACGCUAUAGAAUAUGAAGAGUUGUCUCACGACGAAAUUUCAUAACCGAAAUAGCAAACAAGGAGACAAUUUUUCAACAAUACAGUGCUCCCAUUUAUACAGCCGCCACUACAAAAAAUUGUUUGCCAGAUUUUGGAAUAGAAUUAUUACCAUAACCAGCAUUGAGUCUUGAUCUGAACCCUAUCGAGAAGCUGUGGGGAACUCUAACAAGUAUGGCCGGUUAUUCAAAACGAAGCUUUAAAUAGGUUUGUGAAGGUUUAUCAAGUCAAGGAUAGUGCGAAAUGACGAAAACAAUUAUUGCUGUCACAGCUUGUUAUAUGUAUUUCUGGUGCUUAAAUAGCUCUACGUACACAAUAUACAAUUUGCGGAGAUACCCGUUAGUGCUGAUGAUUUCUGUGUAUAUUCGCUCGAUAUUGUAUUACAUUCUGCCCGCCCGCGAACGUGUCUGUUUAUUUAUACUGGUCGAUGGAGAGUCGAAAAAAUUUGAAUUUGUUCUGACCGGACGGUUGCCUAUAGCGGCGACAUUGUUCUGCCCGGAGUUUACGUUACUUGUAUUCUAACGGUCUUGAUGCUCCGGGACAGAACAAUAACAUGAUUUGAUUUGUCCUCUAAAUCAUGCGCCGCUACAGGUUAAUGGAUAACAGAAGUAAUAGAAAAUAAAGAGAAAUCCACAAAAUAUUGAAUGAGAACGUAACAAAGUUAACAUCAAGUUUAUAUUUUUUCAUAGUCGAAAACGUGAUUUUAAGAGAAAGUUUAAUUUUCUACAGAUUUCUAAAGAAGACAAAUUUUACAUGUCGUAUCUCCAGUUUUAUAUGACAAUAUGAAAUUAUAUAAAAAUACACUUUGUCAAUUUUUGUUUUAAUAUUAUGAAAAAUCUAAAAAUGGGCUUGAGCUUAUAAUUAUUCACGGCACUGUACGUUAACACAGUUAACAUAUUUAGUAUGAUGUCGAUAUGUGUAUCGAAGUGGAAGAAACUCUUUAGUAACGAUGUCGAUGCGUGUGGACAAUACUUCUGACGUGUGUUGUAGCCACUUUUUAAGGAAAACCAAGUGAAAAAAGUUGUUUUUAGUAUUCUUCAAUGCGGAAUAUAGGAAUCGACUUCGUAAAUCGAAAUAUUCUCCGUUUAACGUGUUAAGGUAGGUUUAGGAUUAACAAGCUCGUCUCGAUUUUUCUUGAUUUGAAAUGAUUUGUUCGAUUAAAUCGAUGUUAGACUGACUUGUUCGAUCGAAUUUCGAUUGAUUCUCUAUUCGAUUGAUUUGUUUGAGAUUCGGAAUGGUUUGACAACAGUCGUCAUUUCCAUUUGCAAUCGAUGCAAACCAACUUAAACUCGAUUCACUCAGUUCAAAUACAUUUAAAUCGGUCCAAAUUCGUUCGAAUCGACCAAAAUGCCUUCAAUUUCCGAUCUAGUCACUUUCAAUUUAGUUUCACUCGUUGGAAAAAGAUUCAAUUUCGAUUGGAACAAGUGUACGACUGGCUGGUCCUCUAUUCAACCUAGCGCGUCAUAUUUCGCGGAAACUUUCAACAAGCAACCUCAAUCUCCAUAGAAUCGAUGGGAAACCUCAAAUAUCAGCAAAAUGUCAACAAGCUGUCUGUUUGCUUUUACCUUCUUAUCUCUCUCUCCCUCUCUCUCUCUCUCUUUCUCUCUCUCUAUUUCGAAAGAAAAUUGGAAUGAGUACACACUGAGAAUACUUUCUUACAAAAGAAUAGUUUUUCCUUUAAUUCUCUCAUUGCUGAAUUAUUGGAAAUUGUUGAAAAAUCGCUAUGUUGGCAUAUAUAGAAACGAGUUUAAACCACUAUUUGGUGUCUUUAAACUAACUUUAAAAAAAAAGAGAAAAAACGAGAAAAAGCUAAAAAAAAAAUAUUAGACGAAAAUGUUAAAAAUAUUAAUUGACAAAUAAUAUCAACCAAAGUACUCAUAUCAACCAGAAACUAAACUUUAAUUACUAGGCUCUAGUCACUAGACUCUAGUUACUCGAUUGCUCAUUAACACGUUCACUGCGGUAUAGGACAUAUAGGACCCGCAACGAACUUUCCUUCUGGGUAGCCCCUUUUUCAUUAAACUUUCCCUAUUUGCGUAACUACUAUUUCCUUCAUUUUUCAACAUUUAUCAACGAUAUAAAAAUUAACUGAGUCUCCGCAGAGUAGAGUAACAUAAUAUAGUUGUAAAUCAUAAAUCAUCCAAUUAGUGCGAAAAAUUUAACGAUUGUAACGAUUUGUUGUACGGGACUUGUUUGUCACGUACCGCUAAGAAUGGAACAACGUUGCUCGUUAUCAACAAAUGGCCACUUUAUUAUAUUAUAGUAUAUUUCAUAAAUCUGUCAAAUAUGGGAGUGCAAUACGAAACAUAUGUCAAAAGAGGUGCGGAAUUACGGAAAGGACAGUAUGGUUAUUCGAUCAAAAUUGUUACGGGUCACUGUUGCCCCGUAUCGCCAAAUACGAAAGUGCAUUAGGUAGCCUAUUUGUCCCGUACCGCGAAAUACGAUAGUCUUUUAAAAAAGUGAACGCCGUAGUAAACGUGUUAAGCGUCCGGGCACUUUAAAUGAUUUGUAGCAAUAAUAAACGAAUAUUAUUAAAAUAUAUGAAUUAACGAUAAACAUUACCAAGAAAUAUUUGAAUACCAAGUACCAUCUUUCUCACUAGAUUCGAUGUUACACGAAUAAACAAAUGUCAAGUAACUAGAGUAUUAUUAUUCUUAUUAUAGGUAUUUGAAUCAUCAAAAUAAAGACCAGUACCAUAUGGUACAUCUUCGAUAUAGGUAUCAGAGAAGUAUGCAUGAAUAAAAGGAACUAUUAUAGAAAUAAUGAAUUUAAUAUAUGUAAGUAAAAACGAUUGCUCUUAUUACUUAUCACAAAAUUGUUAAGUUUUCUCCUGAGAACUACCGACUGUUAAUAAAUUAUUAUGCUCAUACGCAGCAGUUGCUUACAAUUUAAUAAAUUUCAAACUUUGGGGAAACGAUGUUUCAUAGUGCUUAAUAGUUCCGUUUGGAUUUCACCACAGAGUCCUGUGUAAAUUUACAUUCACGAUGGCGAUAUGACUUGUAUGUAAACGCUCGAAAGAAUAUUUCAAUUUUAACAUCGUACGAUUACGGAAAUUUCUGUAUAAGCAAAUGAAUUAAAUAUGUAAGAGAUAAUACAAGCUUAAAUGGCACCUGCCAUGAGAAUCGAUGCAGUUACCGUUGAAGCUGAAUGAAGUCAUCUCUUUAAGGAAGAAAUUCCUCGAAUCUUUGAAAUAUUUCAACGAUUGUAUCCUGUACUAUCAAAAAAUUAGAAAAGCAUUAGAAAGUUCUGAUAAGAA